CUGGAGGUACAGUCUAAACUCGGCGGAGUCGACUUGCUGGAUUUUGACAUGGUCCCCAAAGAACUCGGUGCACCGAUACUGCUCUGUCGCCGGUGACAUUUCAGACGAAUCACAUGAGUCUCACGUGUUUUAGUUCCAGUGUCGUCUCCCGAUGUCUCUGGCUCUCCUGCAGCGUCUGGAAAGAUUGCAUGGGAAAGAGACAGAGCCGCUGUCGACCCGUGAUGUCACACCAGUGAGGGGACACAACGUGGUGCUGCUGGGACUCCAGACUUCAUAGACCUUCACCUCCUGUAGACCAGGAUCACAGCUGAAACCUGACAGGUUAUAUUGGACCUUCCAAGUCGAAAUGGAUGACUUUGAAUACAGUGUGGAUAUCUCUGACCGUGACUGGGAAUAGUUCUUUGCGGAGUGCGAGGAGUGUAACCUGCUUCCUCCUUCAAUAGCAGGUGUGGAUGACUCGGGGAUGAGUGAUAUUGAUGAUGCAGGGUCCAUACUUGCUAAGAGGGUUCAGAAAGUUGACCUAACAGCAGGCUUUUCAGAGGAUGAGCGCCCAGUCGACCCCCCCAGACUGUGAGGGCUCUCCUGUGGAGCAUUACCUCAGCAAACCUGGCGUCGGUGGAAUGGAGAGCAUCCUUUCAGGCAGUGAGGAGGAUAUAGACCUGCAGUCUGUCAAUAUAUUCUUUGAAAGGCUAAAAAAUCUCACAGAGGCUGAGAGGUUUGCUCAGCCAAGCCAUUUGGGAGCUGGAAAUAAUAGAGAGGCAAUACUGGAGGAGGAACAGUGCAGUGAUGGGCAACAAUCCAAUAGCAGCACUUUGCCAAAAAACAUCCCCAAGUCAAACUCUUUGCCUGCCAGGGGUGAAACAGCAGUUGGCAAAGAGACCAUAAGGCCUGUCGACACCAUCAGCAACACAAACGCAAUCAAAAAAGUCAAGCCUGGUUCCAACAUUUCCUCUGAACCUGCAGCCAGUAACUUAGUGCUCCAGACUAACAAAUCAGCUAAACCCAAAACAGAGUUAUUCAUCAGAGAGGAAGCCUGCACAGAAACCAGAGUAAAUGAGGUAACAAAGUGGAAUCAGUCUAAUGACUUAGCGGACAGGGUUGCCUGCUCAGAAACAAAACCUCACACAGACGAAGGGAUGAAAGUGGAUAUGUGCACACCUAAGAAGGAUGUCGAGCAGGAAUAUUUUUUGACAAGUCAGUUAACUCUCAGUGAUAAGUGCAACACUAAUUCACCCAGUAAUCUAGAAAUGGUGACAAAUGUUAAAUGGAAAGACGAACAAAACCCUGCUGUUUUACAGUCAGACGCAACAGGAAUAAACAAAUCAGCAAGCCAAGAAUUGUCUCCAUCUGCCUCUGUAAAAAGGAAGAGAAGGAAGAAGAGACGACAAAGCUUUGAGCCAGCUGAGAGUGCGCGUGGAUAUGAGAGGCAGGUUUUAGCUAAGCCGCGUGACUCAGAGGAGGAGCAGUAUGCAGGGAGAGGAGGAACAGGUCUGUGUUUAUCUGAGGAUGUGAAUUUAUUUUAUUUAAAUGAGCCACAAAAAAAUGUUGCAUCCUCUUUACAUUCAGUCACAAGCAAUCAACCAGUGACGAAAUCUGCUAAGGAGAUAAAAGCAAAUGAUCUUUCUCACACCGUUCCUCGAUGUGAGAGUCAGUACCAGUAUUUACCGGAGAGUAUAGUUAGACAAGAAAGGUGUAAAGCAACAAUCUCGACUGAAAAAAACGCAACUAACGACAGGUCAGUAACCUCAUUGAGUCAAACUGAUGACAGUGUGAUGUCAGCAGCAAGCAACAGUGGUAAUGUGGUACGACAUUUACAGCCAUGCACCAAAUUACAAGUAGAAGAAUUAACUAGACUGAAUAAAUAUUCUGGGUUCCAAGUUUUAGUUACUGCAGGUGCAACUGGUAAAUCAGACAUGGCCAGAGAAACAGCAAACAGUGAAAGAAAGGACAAUCAUGCAGAGAGUCUCCAGCAGUCUGAUAAAGUGAAUCUUUCUAUCACUGGUUAUGAAAACGAACAAAGUCUAAAGUGCUGUACAGCAGAGGUCAAAUCAAUAUACCACAGCAUUUUACCAAGCACAGAGUCAAAUGAUUCCACUGUGGAAGUCAGCCAAAAUGACAAACUAUCCGCUGCUAAGUCAAUCCUGGCUGUAGAGGCUGGAAAUUCUGGCGGAGACAACCACACACUGUGUCAAAGAGAGGCUGAGCCCCAACAACAGCUGGAUAUUGACUGUCACGACACUGACCGAUAUAGCUCUACACUGGAGAAGACUCAUGCCCUCAACACAAAACCCCAGCAUUUCGAAACCACAGCCUGUCCAUUCUUAAAGGAGAUUUCCAGUAAAGUGACGUGUGCUAAAUUAAAAUCAGAUAGUAUCAGUUCAUCCCCUGAUAAAAGUUAUCUGUCCAAAAGUCCCUCCAUUUUAAAUGAACGUCCUCUGGAGGUUGGGACUUUAUCCAAAGUUGAUAUUUUGUCAGAGAAAAAUGGAACAGCUGAGAGAGCUCAAUUAGCAGCAUCACAAAUAAUAGCAAGUACGAAUCCCUGCACAUCUGGCGAAAUUAAUCAGAUUAAUCAAACAGACAGCAGUCAGAGCAAAACCAAGCUGUCCGUGUCUGAAGACUCCAUAACAAAUCCUUCAGAUAUAACACCAGUAUCAUCCUGCUGUACUCUGGAAUCUGUCAGUGACAUUACAGAAUCUGUCACAUCACUCUCAAAUGAAAAUAUCACAGACCUGUCGGGGAGUUUUUGUUCAUCUGUCAGUCAAAAUGAGUAUGGAAGUCGAGGAGAAAAAAACCCACUAAUCUCGGCAAAACACGAGGAAGGAGAUGCUAAAUCUGGAUCCAUAAGCCAGUCUCUAUCAAAUGGGUCAACACAAUCAAAAUGUGAUUUACCGGGUGGAGCAGAAGAUGCUGUCAGAGCAUCCGAAGCUGAAUGCGAACCUAAAAAGGCACCAGAGUCAAAACAUUCUGUGUUUGCCAUGUCUUCUUUUUGGAGUGAGAUGGAGAAGCUGACAAUAAAUGACAUUCUGGGUUUACGAAUGAUCAACAAAGCUGAUCCACCCAUCUCCCUCCCACCUUUACACGAAACUGAGGAGACACGCAUGUUUUCUACAACUGACUCAGGCUUUUUUACGCAACUGGAUGAGCCCAGGCCUGAGCAAACCAAUGAGUACACGUCCAGAGUUCCUGAUUGUGUAGAAUCAAUUUUAGAUUCUGUUAUGACAGUUGAUUCUUCCUCCCCAAGAAGUAUUAUGUGGGAGAGUGAACCUGUCCCGGUGAGUCUGGGUAAUGACAUUUACCCUGAGAAUAUAAUGUUGACAUCUGGGAGGGACAUCUCUCCAGCGGUCCUCUCUGAAAGUGCUCAAAAGAACCUCAGACAGAUUUCCAAAAAUGUAAGUGUGCACAAUCUACAUGCCCUGGAAUCUUUCAGCUCCAGAUGGAAAGGCCAAACUUUACAAACCUUAGAUGAGGGAGGAGAAUCAGAAAAAGUUGAGAAUUUUUCUGAGAAACGUAAGCCUAAGCAAGACAAAGACACGGACUCUCUACCUUCCCCAUUGACAACCAGCUACAGAACCUCUGUUACGGAUAUAUUUCAAUACCUCUUUGGUGGAAAGCAAUCAAUUCCCAGCCAGUCAGCCACAGAUAACAUAACCACCAUCUACACGGAUGGAAAUUCUGUUCCUGAAACAUAUGAUCAUUUUUUCUCAGAGUUUGGUACAGAAGACCUCUUGUCCCCUCUCAUCACAGCGGAAGAUCCGGCCAAAGACGAGCUGGUUCCUAUCUUUUCCUACUCUCGCUCAGCUAAUAGAAAUCUACAGUUCCCCGAGGCUUAUGACUACUUCUUUUCUUCCUCUGCUUCUGACGAUUCUUCCGUUGAAUCAGAUGAAGAAGAUAACUGCGGUCCUGUGAGGGUGGUGACCAGGUUGAGCCGUAAGGCGAGCGCUUCUCAGAUUUCUGCAGACAUUUAUGAGAAUUUCUUCACAGAUAAUGACCUCAGACAGAAUUUCUUCUGGAAAACAAUACUCUCCUUCAGGAGUAUUAAUUUUACUGGAUCUACAGUCCAGAAGCAGACUCUCUCCAACUCUCUGUCUCAUGUACCUGUGAGGCAAAGUGGCAGAUGCCUUCGAAAGACAGUUUAUCCCAGUAAUGCUCUGGGAAAUCAAGACGUGAUGUUUCCUGAUCCACUUCUCUACCACCUGGAGGACAGGAUCUCUAGGCAACAAGCACAGCAGCCUUUCAGAUAUGAGGACUUACAGAUGGCUGUUUCAAAUCCAAGACUGGAUGCCUCCCUCCUGCCUCUCAGACAGUCAGAUAUGUGUCUGGUUUGUAUUGCAUUUGCUUCAUGGGUACUAAGGACUGCAAACCCAGAAGUUGGGGAUGCCUGGAAGGCUGUUCUGCUGGCGAAUGUAAGUGCUCUGUCAGCAAUCCGAUACCUGCGUAAAUACGUCAAGAUGGAGGCGGGAGCCAGUGAGAAGAAACUGCAUCACACCGCACAAUCAGAGACUUGAUCUCUCUUCCUCUAAAUACGUCACCAUUAAAAUGAUUGUUUUUUUGCAUGAAUUCCUGAUGCGAGUCGCUGCAGGACCCGAGUCCUUCGAGGAAUAUGACAAAUGUUUGAUGUGCUGUUACUCAUUUCCAAUAUAAUUGUUUUAUUAAUCUUAAGUUUCACUGAUCUCACCAUUAAAUGGAAAAGUAAGAUUAGCAGCAAGCUUGCUCGAGCUGUACCAAGUUGAGAUGUUAGAUGGACAUGUGAUAAAUGGAUUUACUUGAGGCACUCAAAGAAUUCAGAAUGGUGCUAAUGGAGCAUGUUUGUUUCCAUUACAUUACUUAUAUGUUGGAGAUGCUUUUACCCGAAGCGUCUGUGUUGAAUAUUUCCAGUAACAAUAAUUGGAAAUAUUUUACAAAGUGAAUGAGUUCAGAUCCGUUGCAAUAAUUGUAAUUGUGUAAUUCAUUUGGGGGACUGUAUUCUGUGCCAGUAUCGAUUAUAUACUCUAUGAAGGGCAUUUUAUUUUCGUGAUAGGUUAUUUAUAGAUGAAUGUACAGUAUUUUUUCAUAUGGGCUGUUAAGUGAGCUGUUGAUGUCUUUCAGUUCAACUACAGUAAACAGAGUUUAUCAGUUG